AUGUCCUCUCAUCCAGCAGGCAGGACACCCACCAGUUCCCUGUACCCCACCUUGUCCCCUCAUCCAGCAGGCAGGACACCCACCAGUCCCCUGUACCCCACCAUGUCCCCUCAUCCAGCAGGCAGGACACCCACCAGUCCCCUGUACCCCACCAUGUCCCCUCAUCCAGCAGGCAGGACACCCACCAGUCCCCUGUACCCCACCAUGUCCCCUCAUCCAGCAGGCAGGACACCCACCAGUCCCCUGUACCCCACCAUGUCCUCUCAUCCAGCAGGCAGGACACCCACCAGUUCCCUGUACCCCACCAUGUCCCCUCAUCCAGCAGGCAGGACACCCACCAGUCCCCUGUACCCCACCAUGUCCCCUCAUCCAGCAGGCAGGACACCCACCAGUUCCCUGUACCCCACCAUGUCUCCUCAUCCAGCAGGCAGGACACCCACCAGUCCCCUGUACCCCACCAUGUCCCCUCAUCCAGCAGGCAGGACACCCACCAGUCCCUUGUACCCCACCAUGUCCUCUCAUCCAGCAGGCAGGACACCCACCAGCCACCUGUACCUCACCAUGUCCCCUCAUCCAGCAGGCAGGACACCCACCAGUCCCCUGUACCCCACCAUGUCCUCUCAUCCAGCAGGCAGGACACCCACCAGUCACCUGUACCCCACCAUGUCCUCUCAUCCAGCAGGCAGCCUCUGUCACCUGGGCAGCAGCUGGAGCGAGGCAGCUCCCCUUUCUGUGCCCACUGUGCCCGUGCCAGGCUCACAGCCUCUGGCAGGAGGUGGCAGUGAUGCCAG